GAACCCGAAAGCGAUCAUGUCUUUAAGGGUACCUAGCCGAGCAGAAUCGAUUUUCGGUUGUUUGUGAUCUGAAUCGAAAGUUCGAGUCCAGUUCGGGCAGGUACGAAAGGGGGUUUAGCUGAUCAAUACGCCGAUGGUCCAACAGACCGGCGAGAAUCCGGCGCCAACAAUACGCUGUCUAAAGUGCUACUGCCAAUUUGAGCGCGCAGGUUGCUGUUUAGCGGGAAACUAGACCAGCCGUAAAGUGUUUUCCUUUGUAGCAUUCGUAAUCGCUGGUAGAGGUUAAAAUGUUUUGAUACACGCGGGGGAUGUUAUGCUGCUGAGAAUGACCAGUAUUUAAAGCACAGAUGUUUCUCAAAACAUGUCAAAAAUCGUGAGUAUGUGAUUCUGUCAGCUUGCAGGCAAAUUUACACUGAAAUCCGUUUACGAUUAACUCACGAUAAACCGUCAGGAUGGUUCGAGAAAUUGUUCAUUUGCAAGCCGGCCAGUGCGGAAAUCAAAUUGGGUCUAAAUUUUGGGAAGUCAUAUCCGAUGAACAUGGAAUUGACCCAACAGGAACUUAUAAAGGGAAUAGCAAUUUGCAGAUCGAACGGGUCAAUGUUUACUACAACGAAGCUUCAGGAGGAAAAUAUGUUCCACGCGCGGUACUGGUCGAUUUGGAGCCGGGCACAAUGGAUUCCGUUCGGUCAUCCACAUUCGGGCAAUUAUUCCGCCCCGAUAACUUUAUUUUUGGACAAAGCGGAGCCGGGAAUAACUGGGCCAAAGGUCACUACACCGAGGGCGCGGAAUUAGUGGACGCGGUGAUGGAUGUCGUGCGCCGGGAGGCGGAAGCCUGCGAUUGUUUACAAGGAUUUCAACUGGCGCACUCGCUCGGCGGAGGGACUGGUUCGGGAAUGGGAACGCUGAUGAUCUCCAAAAUAAGGGAAGAAUAUCCUGACCGAAUUAUGAACACCUUCAGUGUUGUGCCAUCACCAAAGGUGUCUGACACUGUUGUUGAGCCGUACAACGCAACGCUUUCCGUGCAUCAGUUGGUGGAAAACACCGACGAAACGUUCUGCAUCGACAACGAAGCCCUGUACGACAUCUGCUUCCGCACGCUAAAGCUGACCACGCCCACCUACGGGGACUUGAACCAUCUGGUGUCCAUGACAAUGUCCGGUGUGACCACGUGUUUGCGUUUUCCCGGUCAACUCAAUGCCGACCUGCGGAAAUUAGCGGUGAACAUGGUGCCGUUCCCGCGGCUGCAUUUCUUUAUGCCGGGCUUCGUACCGCUGACCGCCCGCGGCAGUCAGUCUUACCGCAACUUGUCGGUGGCCGAACUGACCACGCAGAUGUUCGAUUCCAAAAACAUGAUGGCCGCGUGUGAUCCGCGUCACGGGCGCUACCUAACGGUGGCCGCCAUCUUUCGCGGCCGGAUGAGCAUGAAGGAAGUGGACGACUGUAUGCUGAAUGUGCAGAACAAAAACAGCAGUUACUUUGUGGAAUGGAUUCCCAACAAUGUCAAAGUGGCCGUGUGCGAUAUACCGCCCCGCGGACUGAAAAUGUCGGCUACUUUCAUUGGCAAUACAACGGCCAUUCAGGAGCUGUUCAAGCGAAUAUCCGACCAGUUUACGGCCAUGUUCCGGCGAAAAGCUUUUCUCCAUUGGUACACCGGCGAAGGGAUGGACGAGAUGGAGUUCACGGAAGCCGAGAGCAAUAUGAACGAUUUGAUUUCGGAAUAUCAGCAGUACCAGGAAGCUACUGCCGACGAUGAGGGCGAUUUCGAGGAAGAAGGAAAUGCUGCAGAUGUCGAAAGCUGAAUUCGCCUGACCCUCUGCACCGUUUUACAUCCACAGUUCUGUAGGGUUUUGUCGUUGAUGUCCACAUUUUAUUUCCUUGUGUGAUUGGCCGCUGUCAUAAUUUAUUUCGUGCAAAUAAAAUUUUUCCUUUUGUGAGUGAAACGAAAGCUGUGUUGACUGUGGCGGAGUGACCGUAUCGUAUUCUUCUGUCCUUAUGGUUAGCUACUCACUUUGUACUUUAUAGUAUUUCGUAUACGCUGUUCUACUGUGGGCCGGGGCCCGGUGGCAGUGGUGUUACAACAUUUAUCAUA